AUGCCGGAGACUGCGAGAGGGUCAGCCCCCAAGCAAGGUGCCUGGACUACACCGGGCUUGCAUUUUGAGCAGUGCACCCGCAAGCCCAAGACACCUACUCAGCUGCUUCAGCGUGCCAAACAUGCCCACAUCCGGCAGGAGGAGGCGUUGUUUGAUCGGGUAAUCUGUCCGUCGGGCCAGAUGCCGAUUGGAAACUAUGGUGGCGACGUGUAUAACUUCACCUGUUGCGAUGCCGGUCAGCAGUGUGGAGGGUGCCGGAAGAUCAAGAACGGCAUGUGCCAAGAGUGUGCUGCUGGAUAUGUCCACCAGCAGAUCCCGAUCCUGAAUAUCACCAAAUGUUUUUUGUGUGAUGAUAUCUCGGGAUGGCAGGACUCCCGUGGCCUCACUUGCCACGACUACGAGCUGAAAGGUUCUUGUAUUUACGGCAUCAUCGAGGCGGGCGAAGAUAAACCGUUUCACGGCGUGAGACCAAGUGAGGCAUGCUGUGCUUGUGGCGGAGGCAGUUUGCAGGCCACGCCAGGCUACAUGAGCUUUACCAACAAGGCAGUCGUUUACGGCUAUUCUGUGGAUGCUUUCCCGGAGCCCCAGGCUCUGGGAACACAAGUGGAAAGCUGCAAUCUGGCAAAGUGGAGUUUGAAUCUCACAGGACGUGGGAGGAUCCAAGGAGUUGUGGUAAAUUCCAGCGAAAGCAGCUCAGACAUCAAGUGCACCCUUACACUGACACAAGAUCCCAUACGUGGUCUUUUUACCACUGUCAGUGUUGAUGUUCCAGUGGGUGAGAUCUCUUACGGGGAGCAGGUAUUGGUGUUCAAGUAUUGGGGUUUGGAUUCGGAGCCGACGAUGCAGAACGUCCCCAUCCAGCACACGGUGCUCGAAAAAGGCCAUGCCUUGGAGAAUUUCCAGCUGCAUUGCAACUGUCCGUGGCUCAACAUGUCGUCGAACGGUACACUGGUUCCUGGCCCACUCCCAACGCCGCUGCAGGUGCAGGGGCCGUCGCUGAGUGGCUACGACAGCAUACCGUCCUGCAGCUGCCAGGUGACAGCAGACGAGGUCCGCUACAACGGCACCUUGAGGGAGGAAGUGGAGGACGGCCAGAAGUCCACCAGCUUCACCGUCCUGCAGGGACGUCUCUGGAAGGCAGGUGCUUACAAGAUUCCGGUGCUUCACGGCCGAGUUGGGACGGCUUUGCUCAACUCGCAAUUGCAGGAGCAUGUCUCGGGCAUGCACUGGUCUGAGGAGCACGAGGACCUGAAACUUCCCGUACUACAGAACAUCUCCUCGGGUGAGCUUUUCGUGGUUUCGCCUGCCCUGGUCCCCGAGGUUCUCGAUGUGCAGUGCUCCGAUGACAGCAAUGCCACCUAUACCUGGUCCCGGAUCACUGGCGACAUCAUGCGCAGGGGCGAGGUGGCUUUCAGCUUGGACCCUUCAGCGGGAACUGUCUCCGGUACACCGAGGUUGGACCUCUCUGCUGAAGGCCGUGGGUCGCUACAGAUCAACUGCAGCGUGGCGCUGGGAGGCCAGCUGUACGACAAGGUCUUGCCGGUUGCAAAGCUCACUGUGGACCUGGUGGACGACACGUGCUGGGUACCCACCAACAUUUCAGGAUGGUUCGGCUGGAAGCCGAUGAACUCAAGCAAGUCCUGCAUGCGGCUUUGCCGCCAGAGUGCCGACUGUGCUGCGGUGCAAGUCAAGGAGGAUGGCACUUGCCGGGCCGUAGUCACCGGUGGAGAGAAAGAGACUUUUGCCGGCCAGGUGCUGACACGCUUGGAAAAUUGCUCCGAGGACGACACACGCAUUAAUCUUACGGCAGCAGGCGCAUGGUAUGUGCAAGGAAGCUAUUACCCGGCGAAUAUCUUCAAAGAUCAGGUGUCCUAUUCGCACGCGGGAAUCACGUCCCAGUUGCAGUUCCACCUUAUUCAAAAAGAGUUUGCCGAGAUGCAGGUGCCGAAGGUCUGUGACAAUGCCUCCUGGCUCCUUGUGCACAUCAAUUCCUCGGAUUUCCAGAACGGGAGCGUGAAAGCUCCGGAGUUCUUCGGCACCGCCAUGGCCUGCAUCGAUGGGGACGUCGUGCACGAAGUCUUCGUGAAGGGCUAUGAGAACUUUGAGCUGGAGUUCCUUCCUUCGGAGUUGAACGACACCGCGAUUCUGGAGCCCCAGGCCGAGCAACAGGCGGAGCUCAGACUCUCGGUCCCCUCCUGCGACAAGCCUGACCUGACAGAUUUUGUUUUCGGCACCUUGGAGGACCCUGAGCAUUACUCCCUCCACUCGUGCGAGUGCUUCGGGGAAGCUCAUGCUCAAACUUCGCCAGUGACAGCGCAUUCCGAUGUUGAGGCUUCCCGCAGCGGCAACUUCAACAACGGCACGGUCGAAGACCAGCUGAUCUCCCAAGGGCCUUACACUUGCGAGGAUGCCUCGUUUCUCGAUCAGACCUUCGACACGACGCAGUCGGCCUGCGCAGAAACGUGCCAUUCCUCUACCGGCUGUGCAUUCUAUCUUUUCUUCGAUACCGGGAAAUGUAUACUAUUCAAGCGCUGUCAAUACCUCCAGCAGUUCGAGAAACAGGUGGUCGCCACCCUAUAUGGCGUUCCACCUGCAGGUGAUUUCUGCCUCAUCGCUGAUCCAGAAACUUGUUGGAAAGAGAUCAAGCGACGCAGCUACCUGAGCCUGACACCUUCGAACGUGCCCAGAUGCCUCUUCCAGGAUCAGUACGAAGCUUGUGACAUGCUGCAGCAGCUGUCGGGCCAAGAGGCUGGCAGCUGUUCGAAAUGCCAGUACAUCGAUGCCUCCAGCGAGUAUGCUGCGAAAGGAAUGCAGAAGGUGCCAUUGCCAACGGCAUUCCCCGCAGCAUCGCAGAUUUCCGUCAGCUGCAACUACACCUCCCGCAUGUUUACCAGGCUUGAUGACAGCUUGAAGUGGGAGGGCCCGCGUGCGACGGCGAGCUUCACAUGCGUCAGUGGCCAGUGGGUCGGCGAGCUUGGCGCGUGGCAGCACCUGGACAAUCUAAGCUGCCAGGACCUUCACCUCAAGUCGGCAUCGGUACUGUACAUGCACUCUAGUUGUGGCGGAUAA